AUGAGUUUUUCAAUUACCUGCUCUUCCGUUGCUGCGGUACGGCCAGCUACGAGAACAACUAUUAUAUCACCGCUUACCACGCAAAGUCCGCGCUCGACCCGGAGAAUCUGGCAAUGCGCUAGCAAUGGCCAAGGUCUUCGCGAUAGAAUGGAGCGUGCGGAACGAUCCUUCGAUGCAUUCCACCGCCACCACGAAGCCAAAAUCCGUUCCGUAAUCGAGUCCAGCUGGCCCACCACAGCCCCUCGAAAGCCUCAUGGGACAACCCCAUGGACAAAGAAGUGGAAGCAGUCCCGGAUCUCUGAACUCGCCGGUCGAGAGAAGACUUACUGGGAUGCAGAGCUCGAGCAAAUGAAUCGACGGAUGGCCAAGCUCAGCAAUCUCAUUGCCCGAGAUCCGUACGAGCUACCUUUUGGGAAUCAAGCAUUCUUUGCCCAUUACGACCCCUCUCUUCCCGCCGAGGCGAACAAGAGGACAGAAGGAACUAACUCCAAGACGCGGUUCCAAAGUGAUAGUCCUAGUGGCAGCGCCAGCUCUCACGAGCCACUUCUGUCCCGGGGAAACCUUGAAUACGACCCAAUCAGUGGGAGAAUGACCCGUGCGACACCUGCAACGCAAACCGUCACCCCCGUGUCUCCUUCCACGACUCAAAGCGCCCAGUCACAGCAAUCCGCGCAUGCAGAAUACAACGCCCAGCCUGACAACCAGCUCGAGGCAAGAUUAGUCGCAGAGGCGACUCGAGCUCAACUUUCCGACCCAGUGGUCGACUGUGGCCCUGGAAGUGAAUUAGAAGCCUUUUUCAAGGCAUCACCAGCCAAAGUCGAAGCAACACAUUAUACAACAGCUACAAGGACGUCAGACGCCACAGUGACCAGGACUCACGAUCUGGUUGACAAUGUUCCUGACGACGCAUCUUUCGCGACCUCCGUAGGCGGGAAUCGCACCACGGACGAGAAAGUACAGCCUCUCAAUGCAAGCGACAUUCGGGCUCGUUGCGAGUCCCCCACUAGCAAUGAGAGUCUUGCUGCCAAGUUUCAAGAAGACCCAAUCUACGAAGCUCUCCAAAGCCGGCAGCAUCACAGAUCGGCUGUCCCUCGCCCCGAGGCUACCUAUCGAAUCCUGGCCUUUGAUUCCAGCACCGCCUCAGUCACAACCACCGAAGCGGACACUUUCUUUGGAACAUCAGAGCAGGCCCCGACUCACGAGAUCCUGUCGCGUCUGCACAAUCCCGCGAAUUUCGUGCGCUAUUUUGGUAAAAUGCAAGAAGAUGGCUACGAAAUCGCCACCGGCGGUGGUGAUAUCUUGGUCUUCAAGCGAACAUUCAAUGGUCCAGGGAAAAGUCCAGUCCAGGGCCCCGCCACUGGUUUCAAAGACCCUACCAUCCCAGCAGAUGUCCAGGCCGACUUGAAAAACUACCAAAUGCCCGAGGACGCAUUUGACAUGUCCCGCUACGUUCACCAUUACGACCCCUCGUCUUCCACCAUCAAGCCAUCGACAUCCGGAUCGGCCCCUCCACUUCCACGGAACAGCCCCCCUCCCAACAGGAAUCAACCUGAAACCACCUAUUCUUCACGUCCUUCUUCACCCCCGGAUCCCGAUUCUUCAUCAAACCAGGCCUCCUUUGCCCAAAUGAGCGCCCCCACCCCGUCAGAACAACAGCAACAUUCUCACUCAGAAUCAAAAUCAAAAUCAAUACCAAAAUCUACCUUUCGCAAAAUCCUCCGCAGAAUGUUCCUCACUGGUACCAUCACUGCAGCAUCAUGCUAUGCAAUGGGUGUAUUGGUUGAAUACUUCCGCACAGGUGGCACGGAUGGACGUGGAGCCGACGGGUUCACCGCGUUUGAAUCUGAAAGACGUCACGGGUCAUGA